AUGAAGGGAACUACGCGCAAGGCACAGAACAAGUCCCUGCAGCCUGUCUGCCGGGACUACACCAUCCACCUUCACAAGCUGAUCCAUGGUAUCCAGUUUAAGAAGCGUGCACCGAGAGCGCUUCGGGAAAUCCGUCGUUUCGCUCAAAAGACAAUGCACACCAAGGAUGUCCGCAUUGACACCAAACUGAACAAGUUCAUCUGGUCGGGCGGCAUCAGAAAUGUGCCUCGUCGUGUGCGCGUGCGCAUCGCUCGCCGACGAAACGAUGACGAGGACAGCAAGGAGAAAUUCUACACUCUCGUCCAACAUGUUCCUGUUGCGUCUUUCAACAACCUGAAGACUGAGUAUGUGAACGAGGAGUAA